CUCCUCUCACCGUCCUCACGCCUCUGCCUCACAAACAUCCAUCUUUUUGGACGUGAGCUCGAGUAAAAUGGCCGCUCCCCGCCGCUUGAAUAUUUUCCUGCUAGUAGCAGUAGUGCAAAUCGCAUUUGCAAACCUUUCAGCUUGUGAAAACGAUAAAAUCAUCUCCUUAGAUCUCAAGCAUCUAGACCAUCAUGUAGACUCUCCACUGCACGAUGCCCACACUACAUUCGCCGAGAGAAUUCACAGCGCUGUGAAGAGGAGUCAAGCCCGAGCUUCAGCUUUCAAAAGCAUUGUGGGGGCCGGAGUGACUCCCAGAGGACUCAACUUCGACUCGACGAUCGAGCUGUCCACAAAAGCCACCAGCUUCCAGUCGCCCGUCUCUGCAGCGCCGGGGGGCUACAUCAUGAGCAUUUCAAUAGGAACGCCCCCGCAGACGAGGACCGCCAUCGCAGACACGGGCAGCGACCUCGUCUGGCUGCAGUGCGCUCCGUGCUCCGUGUGCUACCAGCAGCCCGAUCCACUCUUCGACCCUCGGCAGUCCUCGACCUAUAAGAAAAUCCGAUACUUCAGCUCGCUCUGCGGCGAGCUGCCUCAAGUGUCCUACAACUGGGGCUACUGCACGUACCGCUACGGCUAUGGGGAUCAGUCCACCACGCAGGGAGACUUCGCCCUCGACACUCUGACACUCAGCGCCACAGAUGGCUCCACUCAGACCGUCCCCAACUUCGCAUUCGGCUGCGGGAAGCGCAACCAGGGCACCUUCUCCGGCACCGAUGGACUGGUUGGUCUGGGACGCGGUGCCAUCUCCUUCAACGAGCAGAUCGGAUCCCUCAUCGGCUCGAAAUUUUCUUAUUGCCUGGUCGAUGCUUUCAGCUCGGCCACGGAGACGAGCCCCCUGAUUCUCGGAGAUGCUGCAGAGUCCACCGGCAACAGUCUAAAUGCAAUGAUCAAAUACACUCCUCUGAUCCGUAACCCAGCGGCCGAUACAUUCUACUAUGUGAAACUGAACGGGAUUUUGGUGAACAAUAGGCCGGUAUCGGGAAUUCGGUCUAGCGAUUUCACGCUCAAUGUUUUGACGGGCCAAGGAGGAGUGAUUUUGGACUCGGGGACCACCAUCACGCAGCUCAUCCAGUCGGCCUACAUUCCUCUUCUGACGAAGCUGCAGUCGCUUAUUCAGUACUCUCAGAUUGACAGCUCCCAGAUUGGGCUCGACCUCUGCUACGAUCUGUCAGGGGUCGCGAGCCCGACUUUCCCCUCAGUCACUUUCCAGUUCCAGGGUGUGGAUCUUGUCCUUCCUGCGAAUAAUUUGUUCUUGCAGAUCGAUGAUCAAGGGACCACUUGCUUGGCCUUGGCUGGAACCAGCGACUUCACCAUCAUCGGCAACAUUCAGCAACAGAACCAUUACUUCCUGUACGAUGUGGCUAACGAGCGUGUGGGCAUCGCUCCCGUCGACUCUUGCUCGAAUGUGAGGAUCAUAGAUGCUUCUGAAGGCAGUGCCAAGGACGAGCUUUGAUCCCAAUCAGAUGUAGAAUGCAGUAUUAACACCCUGAUAUUGAACGUAGACUGUGCAUAAGACUAUAUUUGGAGCUGAAGUCGGGGAGGAGAAACUUUCAAAUUCUCCAUUCAUCGUGUACUCCUUAUCUUCGGCAAGCGUUCAGGUGUGAUGAUAGUAAAUUUGAGCAAGUACUGAAGUACUCCAGCUCGAUACAAACAGUGGUACUAGCAUUUGCUCUGACUUUAGAAUAAGAUGUCCUCGAUGAAGCACUGGAUUGUUUGUUGUACACCAACAGUUCGACAGAUAUAUUAAACCAAAAUGAGCUUCUGAAGAGAGGUUGUAAUUCAACCUCCAUCACAAGAUCGUUUAUCUCUUCUGCAAGGUUGAUCUGUCGUCAUUACC